GGUGAUUGUUUGAUUUAAUAAACAGCCGUGGCAAAGCAUUGAUUUGAAAGAUUCUGAGAGUGACAGCCGGUUCUCUAGGUGUCUGUUCCACAUAUGUGGAAUCUAAAUGAAUCAGUGCUUCUUUAGGUCAACUAUCCUUGUGUUUGCUGUGAAUGGUUGUUCAAACAAUCUGUGACGCCUGACAGACAUUUUAAAAAAUUUAAUAAUUUCUCUGAAAUGCACAGUGGAACCAGUCGGACACGUCUGACUUCCCCUCUACACCCUUGCACAGGUGUGAGUCCCGCCCUCGUCCUCCCCUGGUCCUCAGGUGACAGCGAAUGAGGUUAAGGGCACACCUAACUAUCUCACAAAACAGCAUUGUCUCGGCCUCUUUUCAGAUCUCAUCACCCCAGCAAUCUGAGGAUCACAUUUUAUUCACACACACAGGCACAACACAUAAAAAAGGGGUAAUCAAAAUGCCUGCCUGCCUCUGUGGCACAUGGGACAUCGUGAGCAAUGUCAACAUGGAGGGUUAUAUGAUUGCACUGGGCAUCAGCCCUUGUUUACGAAAGGUCGCUCUGAAACUGAAACUAAGGAAGGUGAUCGAGCUGCAGGGGGACCAGCUCAUCAUCAAGACACUCAGCAUCCUCCGAAACUACACCCUCUCCUUCAGAGUGGGCCAGGAGUUUGAGGAGUUCACCCAGGGACUCGACAAAAGACAUGUCAAGUCACUGGUGACGUGGGAGGGGAAUAAACUGGCGUGUGAACAGGUUGGAGAGAAGAAGAGCCGGGGUUGGACUCACUGGAUCGAAGACAACAAGCUGCAUCUUGAGUUGCACUGCGAAGGACAAGUCUGCAAGCAGGUUUUUAAGAAGAAUGUGCCUGAGUGAAGAAGAAUGAAAGUUGUAUUCGGUGAGGAAUGACACUGUGUGUUAGAUCCGCCGAUUUAAACUGUGAACAGUAAAACAACCAUGAAGGUGUGGUGUGGUAUCUUCUCUGUAAUGGGGUCUGGAUUUACACCAGUAGAUGGCGUCCCUGGAUUACUUUUGUCAGAUACUGGUGUGUUACUUGCUGGUGCUGGCCUUAAGUAAAUAAUUUAGAUCAUCAGACAUGUUAAAAAAGCUUGUCCAGGCAGGCACUGUUAUGUACUACCUUUUUAUCUCUCAGAAAUAUUCCAUUUGAUCAAAUACGACAAAUGUGAGGCACACAUUCUUUGCGGGGGCUGAAGCUACAGAUACACUGUAUCAGUUUGUCAUUUUGUUGAGCUUUUUGUAAAUAAAGACAUAGCAGAUUCAUGCUAAUACACUUAUACUCAAUGUGCAGCAAAUAAGUGAGGUGCAGAGUGUUUGUAUUUAAAUUUUGUGUAAUAAAGUGGGUUUGAAAGAAA